AUGGAUGCAAAACCAUACUGCCUGGCUGUUGCCUUGAAUACAACGUUAAUGUCCGAGAACUUUCCAAUGAAUAAAAGCCCAUCUACCAACAGCCUCCUAUGCUUCGGGGAACCCAAAUUUCAAGAGACCAGAAGAAAAGCGCUGACUUGGGGGCCUCCCGGCGCCUCGCCACCGCGGGCAGGACCCGGGCGGAGCGAGGAAGAAGGCGAGGAAGGCGCGGACGCCCCCACAAGGGCCUCGCGCGCCGGGGAGAGCCGGUCCCCGACCCGGAGCCGACACGGGAAGCGGGCUGAGGAUCCCGCCGAGGCCCCGCAGCGCCGUCCGCUUACCCUUCGCCGCCGCCGCGGCUUCCCCCUCCUCCUCGUCCGCCGCCGCCGCCUCUCCCACUUGGGCAGCCGUCUCCCCCGUCGUCGCCGCCGCCGCCUCCGCCACCACGGCCGCCGCCAGCGCCGAUUCCACCCGGCAGGGGGGACACCUCAGCCCUCCCUCCCUCCCCGCUCAGCCCCCUCCGCCCGGCCGCCGCCGCUGCCGCCGCCAACUCCCUCCGGCCGCUGCCGCCGCCGCCGCUCCUCUCGCUCGCUCUCGCCGCCGCGGCUCCGCCAGCCCAGUCCGCAUCAAAAUACGGCCACACAAUAUGGCGGCGCGGCGGCGGGCAAACACCGCGAGAUCUGCGGCCGCGGCCCAGGCGGCGGCUGUGACGAGGCCUCCCUCCGCCGGGUGGCGGGGAUGCUCUCUUUUCCCCGCCCCACCUCCGGCGCUCGCUUGCGGUCCCCACGCCCGUCUGUCUCGCCGUGGCUGAGUGGGGCGGCGGGGGUGGGCGGAGGGGACGGCGAGCCGGGGCGCGCGCGGGCUGGGGAGACGAGCGCGGCUUCCCUUCGGACUCGGGCGGGAGAGGGAGGCACUGAGCCCCGACCCGCGCGCGCGCCGCCGCCUUCGCCGCCGAGGGGCUCUCGCGCGCGGGGCCGGAAGCGGGUGACAGGCCGCCCGCGUGGGUCGGCGGCCACGCACGGGGAUGUCCCCGAAGGCGGGGUGCGCCGCGGAGCAGGUGGGCCCGCGGCGGAGGCGAGCGCCGGGCCUGCGGGACCUCCGGGCCUGCGAGCCGGACACACCCCCUUGGAGCCCGGCCGCGCCGAGGCCGCGGCUCAGCCGGGAGGGACCGCGCGCGGGGACGGAGCCCGGGCGUUGCGGGACGCGUCCUGGAAGCCGCGGAGUUUGGAUCGGGCUCUGGAGUUUCCUUGA